UGGACUUCACGAGAUGAAGGUCUUCUGCUUUGUGGCAUCUUAGUGUUCAAGAGUUCCUCGCUGCAGUCCAUGUGUUCCUCUGCUACCUGAACAAGAACAUGGAGGAACUUCAGUUUUUCAUUGAAGAACCACAAAACAGAGGAAGAUAUUUUUUUCUUCCUCAGCUUAAAUUACACAAAACCCAUAAAAAUAUUGCUUUACCUAAAUUACUAAAGAAGGCUGUUAAGAAAGCAAUGCAAAGUCAGAAAGGACAUUUAGAUCUAUUUUUAAUGUUUCUGCUGGGUAUUUCACUGGAAACAAAUCAGAAACUGCUCAGAGGCCUAUUCACAAACACUGAAGAAAGCAAAUACAGUGCCACAGAAGUAACUCAGUACAUUACAGAACAAUUAAAAAGCCAGGACAUCUCACCUGAAACUUCAAUCAACAUGUUCUACUGCUUACUGGAGCUCAAAGACAAUUCAUUAAAUACAGAAAUCCAAAGAUACUUCAGAUCAUCUCCAGGAAGGAACCUCUCAUCUUCCAUGUGCUCCUUGCUGGCCUACACACUGAUGAUGUCAGAGGAUGUGCUGGAUGAGUUCAACCUAAAUAUGUACGAGACCACAUGGGGAGGCUACAUGAGUCUCUUGCCAGUUGUGAGAUGCUGCAGAAAAGCAAAACUCUCCUCAUGUAAACUCAAUGAUACCUGCUGUGAAACUGUGGCUUUGGCCCUGCAGAUACCAAACUCACCUAUGAUAGAGCUGGACAAGAGUCACAAUGACCUGCAGGAUUCAGGAGUGAAGCUGCUCUCUGAGCGUCUGAAGAACCCAAACUGUCAGCUGAAGAUAUUGAGGUUUGAGAUUCAGAUUCUUGUUCUUCCACCACCUUGA